CCGGAGAGCUCGCUCGAGCAUCUUCGCUGAAGACACUCGACUCGACAACAGAGCCAUUUUGACCGCUCCGGAGUGUGAGACAGCGGCCGACCUCCGUCAUUCAUUCUCUCCGUGUCCUUCCUCCCCCCCUGUCUCCACUGUCAAACGCCUGGACAGUGGAGGGUGGGGCUGCCUGGGCUCAACGAGACACCGCCGGUGUUGUAACCUCAGCCCUGCCCGGUUACAUGGAGAGGAGAGGCUGAGAGAGCAGUUCCUCAGACCUGCUGCUGCUGCUGCUCCUGCUGCUGCUGCUGGAGGAAGAGGAGGAGGAGGAGGUGGAGGUGUCUCCGGAGCUGGAUAAAUAAAUAAAACGCAAAGGAGCGACACAGAGUCACGGCAGCAGGAAUAAAAUUGGCUCUGCAGAGACCUGCAGGUCCUACCCCGGGGCUCUGAAGAAAGCAUCUGAGGGUGCGAGGAAGACAGCACCAUGUCAGCGGCUUCUGUGAAGGUGGCGGUGCGAGUCCGCCCUUUCAAUUCCAGGGAGAUGGGAUUCGAAAGCAAGUGCAUCAUCCAGAUGUCUGGAAACACCACCACCAUCGCCAACCCCAAACAGCCCAAAGACAACAAGAGCUUCAACUUUGAUUACUCCUACUGGUCCCACACCACGCCUGAGGACAUCAAUUUUGCCUCUCAGAUGCAAGUAUACAAAGACAUCGGCGAGGAAAUGCUGCUGCACGCCUUUGAGGGCUACAACGUCUGCAUCUUUGCGUAUGGGCAGACAGGUGCUGGCAAAUCUUACACCAUGAUGGGGAAGCAGGACGUUAAGGAUCAACAAGGAAUCAUUCCUCUGAUGUGUGAAGAUCUUUUCACUAAGUUUAAUGACAAUACAGACAACAGCAUGUCUUACUCUGUGGAGGUGAGCUACAUGGAGAUCUACUGUGAACGUGUGCGGGAUCUGCUGAACCCCAAAAACAAAGGGCACCUGCGUGUGAGAGAACAUCCACUGAUGGGUCCCUACGUGGAGGACCUGUCCAAACUGGCUGUCACCUCCUACAAUGACAUCCAGGACCUGAUGGACUCCGGCAACAAGGCCAGGACCGUGGCUGCCACCAACAUGAACGAGACGAGCAGUCGCUCACACGCCGUCUUUAACAUCAUAUUCACGCAGAAACGCCACGACGCCGAGUCUGACAACACGUCUGAGAAGGUCAGUAAAAUAAGUUUGGUGGAUUUGGCCGGCAGCGAGAGGGCAGAUUCUACUGGAGCUAAAGGAACAAGGCUGAAGGAAGGAGCAAAUAUCAACAAAUCUCUCACUACUCUGGGGAAAGUCAUCUCUGCUUUGGCAGAAGUGGACUCUGGGCCGAAUAAGAAUAAAAAGAAGAAAAAAGUGGAAAGCUUCAUCCCCUACAGAGAUUCAGUCUUGACCUGGCUACUGAGAGAGAACUUAGGCGGUAAUUCUCGCACGGCGAUGGUCGCUGCUCUGAGUCCAGCAGAUGUCAACUACGACGAGACCCUCAGCACACUCAGGUACGCAGACCGCGCCAAACAGAUUCGCUGCAACGCCGUCAUCAAUGAGGAUCCCAACAACAGAUUGGUGCGUGAGCUGAAGGAGGAGGUGGCUCGACUGAAAGACCUCAUCUUCGCCCAGGGCCUGGGUGACAUCAUUGAGACAUAUCGUGGGUCUGGUGCUGAGAUAGAGGGUUUGAAAUACCUGUCCGAUUUCACGAACAAUAACAAUAAAGGCCAAGCUGUCAAUCAAAGGGGUGAUCUCUCCACAGUGACCAAUGCCAUGACGGGGAUGAGUCCCUCUCCGUCUCUCACAGCCUUGUCCAGCCGCGCUGCAUCCAUCGCCAGUCUGCACGACCGCAUCAUGUUCACCCCGGGCAGCGAAGAAGCCAUCGAGCGGCUGAAGGAAACUGAGAAAAUCAUUGCCGAACUCAAUGAAACCUGGGAAGAGAAACUUCGCCGGACAGAGGCCAUUAGAAUGGAAAGAGAGGCCCUGCUUGCUGAAAUGGGCGUUGCGAUACGAGAAGAUGGCGGAACAGUUGGUGUGUUCUCCCCUAAGAAGACGCCUCAUUUGGUGAACCUCAACGAGGAUCCUCUGAUGUCUGAGUGCCUCCUGUACUACAUCAAAGACGGAAUCACCAGGGUUGGUCGUUUAGACGCCAGCAGUCGCCAGGAUAUCGUCCUCAGUGGCCACUUCAUCAAGGACGAGCACUGCACCUUUACCAGUUCUGAUGAUCCAACAGGAGAAACUGUUGUCCUGGAGCCUUGUGAAGGAGCUGAGACUUACGUCAACGGAAAGAGAGUGACUGAGCCCACUGUCCUCAGAUCAGGAAAUCGCAUCAUCCUGGGGAAGAGCCAUGUGUUCCGGUUCAACCACCCCGUGCAGGCUCGGGCUGAGCGGGAGAGGACACCCUGUGCCGAGACGCCUGCUGAGCCUGUGGACUGGGCCUUUGCCCAGAGGGAGCUGCUGGAUAAGCAGGGCAUUGACAUGAAACAGGAAAUGGAGCAGAGGCUGCAGGAGCUGGAGGAUCAGUAUCGCAAAGAAAGGGAGGAGGCCAACAACCUGCUGGAACAGCAAAGACUGGAUUAUGAGAGCAAGCUGGAAGCUCUUCAGAAGCAAGUGGACCGUUAUUACCCAGAAGCUACAGAGGAAGAGGAGGAGCUAGAAGAAGAAGUGCAAUGGACAGAGAGGGAGCGGGAGCUCGCUGUGUGGAGCUUUCGCAAGUGGAGGUGCUACCAGUUCACCUCACUGCGUGACCUGUUGUGGGGAAACGCCAUCUUCCUCAAAGAGGCCAACGCCAUCAGUGUGGAACUCAAGAAGAAGGUCCAGUUCCAGUUUGUGCUGCUGACAGAUACUCUCUACUCGCCUCUGCCUCCCGACCUGCUGCCCCCAGAAGAAACUAAAGAGAGAGAAAAGAGACAAUUCCCACGCACCAUUGUGGCUGUGGAGGUGCAGGAUCAGAAGAAUGGAGCCACCCACUACUGGACAUUAGAAAAACUAAGGCAGAGGCUGGAUCUCAUGAGAGAGAUGUACGAUCGUGCAGCUGAUGUGCCCAACACCACCAGCACCACCAUCACCACCACCACCACCACGGAGGAGUCUGAAAAUGUGAUGACUGGAGGCGACCCCUUUUAUGACCGCUUUCCCUGGUUCCGUCUGGUCGGCAGAAACCCCAUUUUCAACACAUGCAUGAGCGAGCGCAUGAGUGACCCCACCCCGUCCCCGACUCUCUCCAACUCUGAGAUUACUGAGCUGGCUGACUCGCAGCAGGAGGGUCGAGGGGAGAAGGAGGAGUUGGAGGAGUUGGAGGACCUGGAUGAUGAUAUCUUUUUGGACGACCCGUGCUUGGAGCUCGGGGGAGAGGAGGAGGAUGAUGAUGAUGAUGAUGAUGGUGAUGAUGAUGAUGAUGAUGAUGAUGAGGGAGAGCUCUGCCGAGGCUCCAGCGAAGGCCAGGAUCCCUUUUACGACCGCUCACCAUUAUUCAGUGUAGUGGGAAGGGCUUUUGUUUAUCUCAGUAACCUACUGUACCCGGUUCCCCUCGUCCACCGCGUGGCCAUCGUCAGCGAGAAGGGAGAAGUGAAGGGCUUCCUUCGCGUGGCGGUGCAGGCCAUAUCAGCGGAUGAGGAAGCUCCCGACUACGGCUCGGGAGUGCGGCAGUCUGGCACUGCCAAGAUCUCAUUCGAGGAUCAACAAUAUGAAAAGUUCCAGUCUGAAUCCUGCUCCGUGGGACUGUCCCGGACAGGGAUUUCCCAGGAGGAGCUUCGUAUAGUGGAGGGUGAGGGUCAGAGUGCAGAAAUGGGACCCUCAGCUGAUGAGGUCAACAACAACACAUGUGCGGCUGGUGACGAGCCGGAGAAUCCGCUGAAGCCCGUUGAGGACGGCCAGCUCGAUGCUGUGGAGCAUCUCAGGAUUGGUGAUGUCUUCACCUUCAGGGUCACCGUCCUGCAGGCGUCAAGCAUCUCUGCGGAAUACGCUGACAUCUUCUGUCAGUUCAAUUUCAUCCACCGACAUGAUGAGGCUUUCUCGACAGAACCGCUAAAAAACACCGGGCGUGGGCCGCCUCUCGGCUUCUACCAUGUGCAGAAUAUUGCUGUUGAAGUCACUAAAUCCUUUGUUGACUACAUCAAGACUCAGCCAAUCGUGUUUGAGGUGUUUGGACACUACCAGAAACAGCCUUUCCUUCCUCUCUGUAAAGAUGUCAUCAGUCCACUCCGUCCCUGCAGAAGACAGUUUCCCAGAGUGAUGCCUCUGUCCAAACCAGUACCUGCCACCAAGCUGACAGCCAUGACUCGCCCGCAGGCAGGACCCUGCCACUCCAAAUAUGACCUCAUGGUGUUCUUCGAGAUCUGUGAGCUGGAGGCCACUGGAGACUACAUCCCUGCUGUGGUGGAUCACAGAGGAGGAAUGCCCUGCCACGGCACAUUCCUGCUGCACCAGGGCCUUCAGAGGAGAAUCGCGGUCACUAUUGUCCACGAAUCAGCAGGUGACAUGGACUGGAGGGACGUCCGUGAGCUUGUUGUGGGACGUCUCCGCAACACUCCUGAAUCUGAUGAGACCAUCAUUGAUCCCAAUAUUCUCUCCCUCAACAUCUUGUCUGCCGGUUAUGUCCGGCCACUGCAAGACGACAGACAGUUUCUUGAUUCGGACAUGCCUAGCAUUUCCUUGGGAGUUGACCAUAGGACCUUCUUCCGCUUUGAGGCUGCGUGGGAUAGCUCCAUGCACAACUCUCUGCUUCUAAACCGAGUCACUCCAUAUGGGGAAAAAAUCUACAUGACCCUUUCAGCUUACCUUGAGAUGGAGAACUGCACUCAGCCUGCAGUCAUUACCAAAGAUGUCUGCAUGGUGUUUUACACCAGGGACACAAAGCUCUCCGCCUCACGCUCUAUUCGCAACCUUUUCGGCACCGGGAGCCUGAGAGCAGCUGAUGGAAACCGAGUAACUGGAGUUUAUGAGGUCAGCUUAUGUAACCUAGCAGAUGCAGGAAGCCCAGGUAUGCAGAGGAGACGCAGGCGGGUGCUGGACACCUCAGUGGCCUACGUCCGUGGUGAGGAGAACUUGGCUGGGUGGAGGCCUCGCAGUGACAGCCUCAUUCUGGACCACCAGUGGGAGCUGGAGAAACUCAGCCUCCUUCAAGAUGUGGAGAAGACAAAACAUUACCUCCUGCUGAGAGAGAAACUGGAGUCCACCCUGCUCAUGGGUCAGGAUUCUCUGCAGGCCUGCAGUGUCACUGAGGAGCUGAGUGAGUCUCCUCAGCUCGCUGAGGGUGACCAAGAGGUCAGCUUCAGCUCUGAGUUCACAACUGAUAGGCAGAGGGAGCUCGCAACCAAGUGUCUGCGGCUGCUCACUCACUCCUUCAACAGAGAACAUGGCCAUGUGUGUGUCAGCGCCAGUGAAAGCAAGAUUUCAGAGAUGUCCAUCACAACACUAAAAGACUCCACUUCAAUCUCCUCUCUAAACACAAUCAUACCCUCUUCAACAUGCCCUUCGCUGGUUGAGGGUUGCUAUGACACCACUGAACUCAGGCCUCCCAUGCCUCGCUCUCGUGCCGUCAGCCCCGCUCCUGACUCACAGCAGGACUCAGAGGCCAAGAAGCCCAGUAAUGGAGCCUCUGAAGCCAAACCUCCCAUCCGCAGAUUUGUCCCCGACAUCCAGGAGAUUAGAGUCAGCCCCAUCGUGUCAAAGAAGGGUAACAUCCAUUUCUUGGAGCCACACACCAAUGGAUGGGUGAAGCGCUUCGUUGUGGUACGGCGGCCGUACGUCUACAUCUACAACACAGAAAGAGACGCUGUGGAGCGGGCGAUUCUCAAUCUCUCCUCAGCUCAGGUGGAGUACAGUGAGGACCAGCAGGCAAUGCUGAAGACCCCAUACACAUUUGCUGUGUGUACAGAACACCGUGGAAUUUUACUUCAAGCCGCUAACGACAAAGAGAUGCAUGACUGGUUGUACGCGUUUAAUCCUCUCCUCGCUGGAACUAUCAGGUCAAAGCUGUCAAGAAGACGAGCCGGACAGAUGAGGAUGUGAAACAACGCAAACCAAUUUCAAGAGGGUGAUCGCAAAAGACUUAAAUGUAAAUAGAUCCUUGUCCUUAUCGCUCCCCCUGUGCUGAGCCCCACCACCAUCACCAACAACAGUCUUUCCUGUGUGAGUUCUCAGUCUAUCACGCGUGUCCUCUUUGGCACCUAAAGCGCCCAUUUUGUGUCAGGCCUUUUGUCGCAGUGUGAGUCUCGUAGUCCGGAGAACGUUUUCAAAAAAGCUGUCGCUGUCCUGCACUGUUCUGGAGUUUAUUCAUAACUGGGUUUUGAAGAAAAUGGAGGGAGUAGCAACAGUUUUCUUGUCUCAGAUUACAUACGUAUGGUAAUGUACUGUAGUUGUUGUCAGUGGCACAUCAAGCCUUAUACAUUUAUCUCUUUAAAAAAAUGAAUACAGUGACAUGAACCUGACUCAAAGGAUCACAUUGCUAUAUUUGCAUCAGUAAAUAAGCGUGCAACAUGCAGCUUCUUCUCUUCUCUACUCUACUGCUAUAUAUACAGUGUCUAAACAGGUUUGCAUCCAGCAUACAACAAGAAAAUGCACAAAAAAAGAAAAAAUGACAGUUGUGUAACUCUUUACAAUAUUUCCCUCUUCUUUCUGGCCUGUGAUUCCUCCUGACAUUGAGUAAUUUGCCUAAAACUACUUAGAAACUUUAGCACACACACACACACAUAUACAGCGUGAAAAGAGAACGGCAUAUCAUCGUACACGUCAUGUUCUUGUGGCAUUUUGAUAAAUCCAUGUCAUUUUAGCUACUUGUAGGAGCAGUGUGGGUUUGUACAUUUACAUGUGAGUUACUAAUCUAACAUCAUUCCAUCAAUUCCCCCCCCCCCACUAAAGCUAAUCUCAUUCUUGACCUGAAGUUUAUUUGUUUUUAAAUGUGAUAUAUUUAGAUAUUUAACAGCUUUAUUAUUUAUUCCUGCAUGUAUUUAUUUACAAAGACAUUUAUAUUUUUAAAGUAGUAGUAGUACCGUGCAAUUUCUGCACACUGCACUUUUUAAUAUGAGUUCCAUAAAUGUUUUAAUGAUACGACUUUGUCCCCAUGCAAUGAAUUCUACUGAACUUUGUGAUUGGCCAGUUUCUUUUCCUAAUAGGCCGAUAUAAUCCCCUUUAUUAUUAUUAGAGUAGCCACACCAACAACUAACUUACACCUGAAAAGAUCAAUAUAUUAGAUAGAGAAUAUUAAGGUGGUCUGUACAUUAGCAACUGCACACUGGAACCUUGUUAACUGAUCACACUUUUUCACUGUUCCUCACAGUACAGAGGAAGCAACUGGUAAAUUGAAUGAAAUGUACAUGAUAUUGAUUGAAUGUAGUGCCUCUCUUUUCAGCCACACUGUAUGGGCAUACUCCACAUUACGCCUUUGCACCAGUUGCUUUGAAUUUACAUCCUUCAUGCUGCUAUAAAACUGAUCAGGAAAUGUCUGCAGAUAACACCCUCACUGUCCUGCUUUUCAUCAUCAUCAUCAUUAUCAUCACGUACAUAUCUAGACCAAAUGUCUCAUUUACCGUCGAAUGCUAUGUACAGGAUGAGGGGUGGGAGUAACAAAAAUGCAGUGGUAAAAAUGGAGGUGAAUUGAUAAAUGAGGUGAUAAAUGACCACAUUUUAUCAUUCACCUCAUCUUACAUUCAUCAUUUAUCAUUUAAGGAAUGUGUCCACAAGGAUGCAAGUAACCAAAAGUAAUGCUAGAAAUGAUAAGUGGUAAGUUUGUGUUUAAGACGAGGUGAAUGGUACAAUGUGGUCAUUUAUCACUUCACAUCCAUAUUUACCACUCAAUUUUAUCAUUUUAUUUGUGUUACUUCAACCCCUCAUAAUGCAGAACCUUCCUUAACACACAGUAUACUUUUUAUUCACACACACACACACACACACAUAUGUAUUGUCAGCAAGCAUUUCCCUAUAUUUCUUAAACAAUCAUGAGCUGAAUGAGUAAAACUAUUCUCCUUCAGCUUGUCAAUGAUGAAAAAUGCUCUUACUUUUUCAUUUUUAUUUGCUUUGGUUUGAUAGAUGAAGAUGCCUCAGGUCAGCCAGCCGAGAGAGCAUGUAUGUGAACAACAAGCCAAAGCAUUUAACUGUUAAAAAAAAAAAGCAUCCCUAUGGUUUUAUUUUGUGUUUUAAUAAAUCAACAAAAUACCUUACUCUACUGUUAGCAUAUUGGCUGAGACUGGAAAAUAUUCUGUGUGUUGUGGACAUAUUUUAAAUGUAUCCAAUCAAACCAUUCAACAACUAUAUGUGUGGUCAAGUGUCAGUCGUCAUAUGAUAAUCAAAGGGUUCAAUGUUCAUGUCCAUAUCGUUUGUUUUGUGAUCGAUGUAAGUGACCAAAGUCUGUCACAGAUGUUCUUAGCGGAGGCUGCCGUUGUGUUUUAUCCAGCUCGAGCAUCAUCACUAAGGAAAAGGAAAAAUCCCUGCUGCACUGUUCUCUGUCAUUUCUCUCUCGUUUGAGCUCCACUCUUUCUCUCCUCUUGUUUCCACUGGACCUUUUCAUGUGCAUCACAUUUGAGCCAACCAAAGUUUUGUUGGUGCAAUCACAGGACAAAGAUCACACUGAAUGUACAUCAAUAUUUAAAAAUUCUUAUUUUGCUGGAGUGGUUGUGUUGAUUUGUGAUUCACGGUGUGUUUCCUUCUUGAUUGUAGGUGGGUUUUUAUCAGAAUUAUGCCUUACCACAUAAGGCAAACCUGUAAUAAUCUGUCCACUGAUGUGUGGGAGGAUAUAAUGGCCCCGUCACAGCAUGUACUGAGUAAAACUGUAGGUUAUUUUACUCUCACAUUCUCACUUUUAUCUCAGUAUCAACCUUUACCAUCAUGUCCUCACAAAAUGUACUUUUUACUAAUCCCCUUCACAGAUCAUCUUAAAAUGAAAAUCAUUCAGAUUUUUUUGCUUCCACAUCUAAUGUUUUUUUUGCACUAUCAAAUUAUUUUGCAUUGUACAUAAACAUGAUUGCUGUGAACACUGUAUUAUAAAGUUGCACACAUUUACAAAAAUCCUAAAUGGGCAGUAGUUAAGUCAGUGUCUCUGAGUGUUGGACUUUAGCGUCAAAUGUUUGUGUGCACUAAACACAUUGUCAUAUAUUAAAUAAACAUGGGAAUUAUGCAACACA